AUGGAAAUUGAUUCUGUGUUUGAUGAAGAAUGUCAAAUUCGUAAGAGAAAACGUUUAGGCAAGAAUGCCGAUCAGUCAUCUCCUGAAUCACUUGAAGAAGGCUUCAGAGUGCAGUAUUUCUUAUAUACUGUGGAUCAAGUUACUGGUUUAUUGAAGAGAACUCUUGAACAGUAUCAAGCAUAUGAGGAUAUCUUUGGGUUUCUGUUUUGUUCUGAGAAGUUGAACUCAUUGGAGGAAAAACAUUUGAAAACUUCUUGUGGUCAUCUUGAAAUGUUUCUUAAUCAUGGGAAGUUUCGUGAUGUUGAUGGGAACAGCUUAUUUAAAGAACUGAAAUGCUUAAGGAAGCAGUUGCCAGAAGAAAAUAUGACAGCUAUCGAUAUAUUAAAUUUCAUAAAAGGACUGGACUUUCUUCCAAAUGCAUUCAUUGCCUAUAGAAUUUUGCUGACUAUACCUGUCCUAUUCACUUCCACUGAUGGUGAUCUUUCAAAAUUGGAGAUAUUGAAUUCUUACUUGCAAUCGCCAAUGUCACAAGAAGUUUUAGAUGGACUAGCUUUGAUUUCUACUGAGAAGGGAUUUCCAGAAAAACUUGACUAUGACAGUUUAAUCGAUGAUUGUGCAACUAAAAAUGCGAGAAGAACAAUCCUCAGUGAAUAG